AUGGCAUGGGCAAGUCCGGCGACGGCGACUGCAACUUCCAAGCCUCGUUCAAUCAAGGCUUGGAUCACUAACAAAUACAAGGAUGAUCCCCAAUCCUUUGAUACAAUGGAAAUGAUAUCAACAAAGCUUUGCCUCGUCACAGUUGGGGCUACCGCUUCAUUUGAAAGACUGAUCUGCCAAGUCCUCAAUGAGCCUUUCCUCGCUCAAUUGGCCAAAUAUCAUUACACCCAUCUUCUUGUUCAAUAUGGGAAAAAUGGGGAGCAAAUCUGGAAUGGAUUCAAUGAAAAAUUCCCGCCUGGGUGCGAGCAGCUUCACGGCAUUACUGUUGGGGGCUUUGAUUUCAAACCCGACCUAUGGCGGUAUAUGCGCAUGGCCGUGAAAGAGCGCAAUCAAGAUCUCGGCAUCAUCAUUUCUCAUGCCGGUAUGGCCUGCAAUAUCUUCUUUGAUUCUAUCAAAUUAACCCAUGUCUCAGGCACUGGAACCAUUCUGGAUGCGCUUCGCUUAGCCUUACCUUUGAUCAUUGUGCCCAAUCCCGAUCUUGCGGACAACCAUCAAGAGGAUCUGGCUGUGGAAAUGGAGCAAAUGAAAUACGCCGUUCGUGCUGAUAUUGAGGACUUGAUUACGGCACUCGACACUGCGGAAGCUCAGGCUCCGGAACAGCUGAGUCGACCUCAUGGCCCGGAGGAUGCUCUGGCUGGUCUAGUUUCCGAUCAGCUCCAGGAUGUGGACUGA